AUUCCAGGAGGAUCAGAGCACCACGAGCAAGGAAGAAGCAGGAAUUAUUUUAACAGUGUUAUAACUUACUCUCCAAAGACCCAACUGAUACUCAGGAUGAACAGGUGUGUUGCUGGAGUGUGUGCGUCUCUUAUUGUGUGUGCUUUUCUUUCGGAAACCCUCGGAAUGGUGAUUGCGGCAAAAGAGAAGAGAGGAUGGACCCUCAACAGUGCUGGGUAUCUCCUCGGUCCUCGUCGUAUUGAUCAUCUUAUACAGAUUAAGGAUUCUCCCAGUACAAGGGGGAGUGAAGAUCUGCUUGGUCAAUAUGCCAUAGACAGCCACAGGAGUCUAAGUGACAAGCACGGGCUGGCGGGGAAGAGAGAAAUGCCCAUAGAAGAUGAUUUCAAGACGGGAGCUCUGAGGAUAUCAGAUGAGGAGGUUGUCCAUACCAUCAUAGACUUUCUUUCUUAUCUCAGAUUAAAAGAAAUUGGGGGUCUUGACAGUCUGCCUUCCUCUUUCACAUCAGAGGAGAUAAGCCAGCCCUAAUUCAGCACUGACACACCCUGACCUCCACCACACUCGCCUCUCUCAGAGGCUCUAUUAAUGUUCAACGUCUUCUCUACCGCACUGUCCUCGACGCGCUAACACGUCAAUUUUACCACAUAACUUUAGUCUGUCAGAAUCACCGAUGUAGAGAUGGAUUUAAAAAAAAAAA